UAACGUGGCACGUGCCAGCAUCAGCGCCCGGAGAGGGACCGUUACCGCUAAUGGGGCAGCGUAUCUGGGACUGAGCCCUUUGGUGAUAAGGGUGCUCGGGCAGGCAAUCCUGCUGGGGGGUGCGCCGGGCCCAAGCCCCAGCUCCACCGCCCUCCCCCUCCUCUGCCCCCCACUUGGUCUGUUGUGGGGGGGCCGUGGGUGGAGGGGUGGGGGCUGGCUAGUGAGCAGUGGCCCCCCCAGGCUGCAGGAGGCAGGCGGAGAAAGGAGAAACCUGGCAAAGGGACGUUAACCCCUGUGCCCUCUGCCCCCUCAGUGCCUGAGCAAAGGACCAGCUGGCACCGGCAACGCCCCCGGCCCCUGGAGGAAACACCCAGGGGUGUCGUGAGCUGCCACGGAACCAGGGGGCCCUUCCCAAAGGUGCCUGCUCUGUGCCCCCCAGCACCUCCCGACUGCCUGGGCAGCACAACCUUCUCCAUUCUUGCAUCAUGCCCCUUGCUGGGAGCCCUCGGCACCUGUUCCCGGCCGGGGGAGGCAGCACCCCCCAUUCCCCCCCCCAGCCAGCACCCUCCCCCAGGGCCCCAGGUGCUGGCCAAUCGCAGCAGGCAGGAGGGCAGGGCCUGCCCCUGUGACUGACAAGUGCCUGGAGCCUGGACGGGCAGCACCUCAAGCCAAGCCCUGAGUCGGGCUCCCUCGGGCGAGCAGCACCCAUCUCAGCCCCUGGCACCCGGCUCCUCGCAUGGCAGGUCGAGGCGGGGCAGCCUGGGUGUGACAGCAGGUGGCAGACUGGCUGGGCAGAGCUCGGAGACAAAUCCUGAGGGCCUGGCACCGUCCCUACCCCCCGCCGCUCUCGGUUCUAGAUGGCUCCUGGCUCCGGCGCACAGCUGGAGAGGAGCGGGCAGCCCCCGGGGGGUUGGCUAGCCCUGGCCGCCCUGGCCCUGCUGUGGGGAUCCUCGGUCCAGGGAGGAGGGACGCCAGGGUGCCCGUCCUGCCGGAUGCCCACCCUGGAGCCGGGCACGGAGAGGCGCUUCCUGCUCGAGCUGGCCAAGCGGCAGAUCCUGGAGAAGCUGCACCUGAGUGAGAGGCCCAACGUCACCCAGCCGGUGCCCCGUGUGGCCAUCGCCAACGCCCUGCACCGCCUGCAUGUGGGCAAAGCCCGGCAGGAGGGGCAGCCGGGGCCCUUCGACCGCUGGGACGGCCCCAACGCCGACGAACUGGGCUACGAGAUCAUCAGUUUUGCCAAGACAGAGUUCUUCUCGCCCUCCCGCACGGGCCUGCGUUUCCGGUUCAGCCGGGGCCCGGGCCGGGAUGUCCACAUCCUGCAGGCCCAGCUGUGGCUCUACGUCCGGGGCCCCCAGAGCGGGCUCUCCCCGGUCACGCUGCGGGUCUCCCUGGCGGGGGCGCUGCUGAGCGAGAGGCAGCUGGAGGCCCGGGCCGGUGGCUGGCAGACCUUCGCCCUCCUGCCUGCGCUCCAGGCCUUCUUCCGCGGGCAGGAGAAGACGCUGCGGCUGGAGCUGGAGUGCCGCGGGUGCCAGGCGAACGCCACGGCCGGGAGCGACGCCGGCGGCUCCCACCAGCCCUUCCUGGUGGCCAAGGCCACGGUGCGGGAGCCAGGGCAGCGGGUGGCCAAACGCAGCCUGCGCUGCGACCAGACCUCCAACCUGUGCUGCCGCAAGGACUAUUACGUGGACUUCCGGGACAUCGGGUGGAACGACUGGAUCAUCAAGCCAGAGGGCUACCAGAUCAACUACUGCAUGGGCCAGUGCCCGCACCACGUGGCCAGCAGCCCGGGCAUGGCCUCCUCCUCCCACACGGCCGUGCUCAACCUGAUCCGGGCCCACAACGUGCCGGCGGGCGGGCAGUCCUGCUGCGUGCCCACGCACCGCCGGCCCCUCUCCAUCCUCUACUUCGACCGCAACAGCAACAUCGUCAAGACCGACAUCCCGGACAUGAUCGUGGACGCCUGCGGCUGCAGCUAGGGGGAGCGUGGCCGGGGGGCCCAGCUGCCCCUGGAGAGGUGGGGGGUGCGGGAAGCUCCCGGCGCCGUUCAGCACGGUUGGCGCAGACGGAUGGAGUCUGCUCUGCCCAGUGCCCCAGGGCGCCGUUCGGGAGACGCGGGGUCAGGGAUUGUUCUGGACUCUCACUCCCGGGGCCCAGGAGGAGGCUGGUUAACACGAUACAUCUCUUGGCGUGUGUUUGGGGGGGGCAGCUGGCUCCCCCCCAGCGCACGCACACAUUUCAAGCACAAGUGUGCAAGGAGGAAACCGGGCCAGGUGCCAAGUGGAGGAAAGGUCUCCGGGCCGGCUGGGGGCCAACGCCCCACGGCACACGGCUCGGCCGCCCCAGCCCAGAGCUGGGUGGAAAACUUUGCCAGACAAAGCAGGUGGGUUCUUCUCACCGGGAAUAUCUCGAUUUUAGGGGGACUGAGCAGAAAACCAGCAAUUCCCAGCUGAGAAGAGGAAACCUUUGGGCCCGAAAUGUCGAGUUGAGAUUUUCCUUUUCCCAGCUGACCAUGUUCCCCGGGUGCUUCCCAAGGGCCGUGGUGGAUCUCCCAGACCCGGCGCUGUCCCAGUCGAGCCGGGCUGGUUUCCAACCCGAGCCCCACCGGGGGUUACGCCCGGGGGUGGUGAGACCCGCGCGCAGGAGGAAGCCGGACAAGCUGGGCGCAGCUGGGAACGGCCCCGAGAACGGCCAGUGCUCUGCAAGCCCCAGUUUGUCACCCCCAGGACGUUUCCCAUGGAACAUGGUCUCCCAGGCUCUGGUCCUUUCACCCUUUCUGGGGGGCCGCAGCCAAUCACUGAGCAGGUCUCUGCUCUCCUGGCAGGGGUCCAGCCAGUUCUCCCAGCCUCGGCCGGGCACCGGGCACCGGGCACUGGGCACCGGCCCUGCAGACGGACCAGGGACCCGCUCGGAUGCAGAUUCUCUAGGGGGGUUUUCUCAUUGCGGGGGCAGUUCUGCUGCCAUGGGAUGGGCACGUUCAAUGCAUUGGGGAAGUGUUUACUGUAGGGGAGGUGCCAGGCUCGGAGCAGGGCAUGGGGUGGCCGGGAAGGGGGAACCUGCCCCCCCGGCUCCCCACCCCACCCUGCCGAGGAGCCUGGUGCCGCGUUUGCCUUUAUGUAUUUUCUUUUCGCACUAAUGUAAAAAAAUAUUUUAUUUUUAUUUUAUUUUAUUUUAUUAUUUCAAGCGACGUCUCCAAUAAACAGGUGAAACCA